GAUUGUGUGCGCCACCACAGCCAGCUACGUUUUGUAUUUUUAGUAGAGACGGGUUUUACCGUGUUGGCCAGGCUGGUCUCGAACCCCUGACCUCAAGUGAUCCGGCAGCCUCGGCCUCCCCACGUGCUGGGAUUAUAGGCGUGAAUCACCACACCCAGUCGUUUAUACACAUUUAUCAAAACUCAUCGCAUCAUAAAUUGCAAGAGUAAAUUUUACUGUAUGUAAAUAUCUUAAUUUUUUAAAGGAAAAAAAAAGUCCAAAAUAAGUAGCUAUAAUUACCUUUUCCUUUUAGAAAAAGGCAUUCAUAUUUUCUGAGCAUGAGAGAACUACAGGCUCAUUGUAGACAUUUGGGAAAAUGUACAAAGGAUGUACAUUCAUCACGUGCAGAAAAGUAAUAUUUCCUUGCUGUGAGUUUUAUUGGCACAGAAUACACACAAAGCUGGGACCAUGCUAUGCAUUUUUAAAAUGAAAUCAUACAUUUUGCUUUGUGAAAUAUAUUGUGCAUAUUUUUCAUGUCAUUAAUUUUCAAAAUCAUGAUUUUAUGAAUCAAUAAUAUUCUAUGUUUAUUUAAGAGACAGAGUCUCCCUUUGUGGCCCAGGCUGGAGUGCAGUGGCGCAAAGGAAUCAUAGCUCACUGCAGCCUCAAACUCCUGGGCUCGAGUGAUCCUCAGUGGUGGGAUGAGAUCUAGACCCCUGAUAUUCAGUCUCAGAAAGUCAAUAAUUCCCUGCCUCAGCCUCCUGAGUAGCUGGGGCUGCAGGCCUGUGCCACCGCACCAGGUUCAAUGUAUAUUUUAUUUUUUCUUUUUUUUCUUUUUUUAAUGUAUAUUUUUUAGCAUUCCUUUGUUGUUAGAAAUUACAUUGUUUAUAUAAUUAUUAUUUGUCAAUUAAAAAUAAAAGAAAAAAUCAUACUGCUCCUAUUUUUUAUUUUGAGCAACUCUGAUAACAACAACAAAAAAAAGUUCAGUGGGGCCAACGCGUUUCCCUCCUGGAGUUUCCCGGUUCACCUGGUGGAGCGGGUCCUCCUUGGGCUGCAAUUCCCUCCUUCUUUUCAGUGUCUGCACGAAAGGUGGUUCCACAGGGUGAUCGGUGAUCUGGCUUAUUUGUUCCUUUGUGGGGGUAAGGGCUGGGCACCUCACUAUUUCCUGUAUUACCAGCUUGAAUUUACAUCGCGCUGUUAAUGUUUAAUCCUCUCCACAUCCACGCGGGGUAGUAAUUUGUUCCAGGUCACACAGCUUAUCAAUGGUGGACUAUUCAGGACUUAGAUCCCGGAUAUUCAGCCUCAGUAAACGUCUCCCCAGCUCCAGGGCGCUGCGUCAUCUGGCUUUAAAAAAACGUUUCUGGCCGGGCGCAGUAGCUCACGCCUGUCAUCCCAGCACUUUGGGAGGCCGAGGCGGGCGGAUCACGAGGUCAAGAGUUCGAGGCCAGCCUGGCCAACAUGGUGAAACCUCGUCUCCACUAAAAAUACAAAAAUUAGCUGGGCGUGGUGGCGGGCGCCUGUAAUCCCAGCUACUCGGGAGGCUGAGACAGGAGAAUUGCUUGAACCCGGGAGGCGGGGUUGCAGUGAGCCGAGAUCGCGCCAUUGCACUCCAGCCUGGGCAACAAGUAAGACUCCGUCUCAAAAAAAAAAAAAAAAAAAAAAAAGACGUUUCUCCCCAUAAGGAGGCUGCAGUCACCUCGAAAAGCUUCUGCGCAGAGCCGGGCGCACGGGGAAUUUCUAUCGAGUGGGCACUGUCCCGUCCUACGAAUGUCCUUGGCGACAUCGCCACUUGCCAGCUGGGAUCACGUCGCCCCCGUGGCCGGGGACACCCGCUGCCACUGACCGAGGGGGCCCCGGGAGCUGAGAGGUCGCCGCUGCGCUGCCCGCGGAGGCUGUGGGCUGUGGUUCGCGACGCCGCCGGGCUGACUUUCAUCCGGGCGUCCUGCUGGAGGCCAGACCCUACCCCAACCUCGGGGUCCUCAGUGCGGGGCGCGCCUUGGGGAGGGAAGAGGCCCCGCCAUCCUAUGGACGCGCUGAGGCCACGCGGGGCUGCCGGGAUACAGCGUUGCCCGGGAGACACCUGACGUGACAGGAACGCCGCCAGUCUCAGUCCGCCGUGAUCCCACAGUUCCCCGGUCCCGGAAGUGCCCUGGCCUCCCGGAAGUGCCGGAGCCGCUGACAGAGCGGCUGACGGAGCCGGGCUCACCAGGUCGCUGCCGCGAGGGAGUUGCUGUGCUGGCGCGUGGGUGGCGGCUGGAGGCCUGAGUUGGGCUCGCGGCGGGGGUCGGCAGGGGGCCGGGUGGCGGAAUGAUGGAGGAGGAGGAACUGGAGUUCGUGGAGGAGCUGGAAGCCGUGCUGCAGCUCACGCCCGAGGUGCAGCUGGCCAUCGAGCAGGUGUUUCCAAGCCAGGACCCUCUAGAUCGAGCAGAUUUCAAUGCUGUUGAAUAUAUCAAUACCCUGUUCCCAACCGAGCAAUCUCUGGCGAACAUAGACGAAGUCGUGAACAAAAUUAGGCUGAAAAUAAGGAGACUGGAUGACAAUAUUCGAACUGUUGUAAGAGGUCAGACGAACGUGGGGCAGGAUGGACGGCAAGCGCUUGAAGAGGCUCAGAAAGCUAUCCAACAACUCUUUGGCAAAAUCAAAGAUAUCAAAGACAAAGCUGAAAAAUCAGAGCAAAUGGUGAAAGAAAUCACCCGUGAUAUUAAGCAAUUAGAUCACGCCAAACGCCACCUGACCACCUCAAUCACCACACUGAACCACCUGCACAUGCUGGCAGGAGGCGUCGACUCCCUCGAAGCCAUGACCAGGCGAAGACAAUACGGAGAAGUUGCUAAUCUCCUUCAGGGUGUGAUGAAUGUCCUGGAGCACUUCCACAAGUAUAUGGGGAUUCCGCAGAUCCGGCAGCUUUCCGAAAGAGUGAAGGCUGCACAGACUGAGUUAGGACAGCAAAUCCUGGCAGAUUUUGAAGAAGCGUUUCCUUCCCAGGGCACCAAGAGACCAGGAGGACCCAGCAAUGUUCUACGAGAUGCAUGUCUGGUUGCUAAUAUUCUAGACCCCAGGAUCAAACAGGAAAUCAUCAAAAAGUUUAUUAAACAGCAUCUGUCAGAGUAUCUGGUACUUUUUCAAGAAAACCAAGAUGUUGCCUGGCUGGACAAAAUCGACAGACGCUACGCCUGGAUAAAACGCCAGCUUGUGGACUAUGAGGAGAAAUACGGCCGCAUGUUUCCACGUGAGUGGUGCAUGGCUGAGAGGAUUGCGGUGGAGUUUUGCCAUGUGACAAGGGCAGAACUUGCCAAGAUUAUGCGUACCAGAGCGAAGGAAAUUGAAGUGAAAUUGCUUCUUUUUGCUAUUCAAAGAACAACUAACUUUGAGGGGUUUCUUGCAAAACGCUUCUCCGGCUGCACCCUGACCGAUGGGACCCUGAAAAAGCUUGAGUCUCCACCCCCAUCUACCAAUCCCUUCCUGGAAGAUGAGCCAACACCAGAGAUGGAGGAACUGGCAACGGAGAAAGGAGAUUUAGAUCAACCAAAGAAGCCUAAAGCCCCAGACAAUCCAUUUCAUGGCAUUGUUUCCAAGUGUUUUGAGCCUCAUCUCUACGUGUAUAUCGAAUCCCAAGACAAGAACCUCGGAGAGCUGAUAGAUCGGUUUGUGGCUGAUUUCAAAGCCCAGGGGCCACCUAAGCCCAACACUGAUGAAGGGGGUGCCGUGCUCCCCAGCUGCGCCGACCUCUUUGUCUACUACAAGAAGUGCAUGGUGCAAUGCUCUCAGCUCAGUACUGGGGAGCCCAUGAUCGCCCUGACCACCAUUUUCCAGAAGUACCUCCGAGAAUACGCCUGGAAAAUCCUCUCUGGCAACCUGCCCAAAACCACAACCAGCAGUGGAGGGCUGACCAUCAGCAGCCUCCUCAAGGAAAAGGAGGGCUCAGAAGUAGCCAAGUUCACUCUGGAGGAGCUCUGCCUCAUCUGUAACAUCCUGAGCACGGCAGAGUACUGUCUGGCCACCACCCAGCAGCUAGAAGAAAAACUCAAAGAAAAAGUGGAUGUAAGUCUGAUUGAACGAAUCAAUCUGACUGGAGAGAUGGACACGUUCAGCACCGUCAUCUCCAGCAGUAUUCAGCUGCUGGUUCAGGAUCUGGAUGCUGCCUGUGAUCCUGCCCUGACUGCCAUGAGCAAGAUGCAGUGGCAGAACGUGGAGCACGUUGGUGACCAGAGCCCCUACGUCACCUCUGUCAUUCUGCACAUCAAGCAGAACGUCCCCAUCAUCCGUGACAACCUGGCUUCCACACGCAAGUACUUCACUCAGUUCUGCGUUAAAUUUGCAAACUCCUUCAUUCCCAAAUUCAUCACCCACCUCUUCAAGUGCAAGCCAAUUAGCAUGGUGGGAGCAGAACAGCUGCUGCUGGACACCCACUCGCUGAAGAUGGUCCUGCUCGAUCUCCCCUCCAUCGGCUCGCAGGUGGUGAGGAAGGCACCCGCCAGCUACACCAAGAUCGUUGUCAAAGGCAUGACCCGGGCUGAGAUGAUCCUCAAGGUAGUGAUGGCCCCUCAUGAACCGUUGGUGGUGUUUGUUGACAACUACAUCAAACUUCUCACAGACUGCAACACAGAAACCUUUCAGAAGAUACUGGACAUGAAGGGGCUGAAGAGGAGUGAGCAGAGCAGCAUGCUGGAACUCCUGCGCCAGCGGCUCCCCGCACCGCCCUCGGGGGCAGAAAGCUCCGGCUCACUGUCCCUGAUGGCGCCAACACCAGAGCAAGAGUCGUCACGCAUCCGCAAGCUCGAGAAACUCAUUAAAAAGAGACUGUAGCAGCAGCAAGGGGCCCUUUGCUCCUGGCUGGAGACCCUCAGCGCCCGUUCCCCAGAAGCCCCCGACCUCUCCUAUGCUCCCCGGCACUCUCACAUCGUCGGUCUUCAAACUUCCUGGGAUAUGUGGGUUGUUACUGAGUCUCUCCCAUGCCCUGUCUUACUUCCUGCCCUAAUCAGAGAUGCUGAAUAAGGGCUGGGCUCUAAGAGGGCGAUUUAGGUGAUCUCUGGUUCGUGAAGCAGAGGCAGCAGUGGAGGAUAGGUCCCUGAGCUGCCCUUGACUCAUGUAGCCUCCCCAUGGCAGUCACACCCUCUGACACGUGGGCCCCACCCGUCCAGGCAACUUGAACAAGGAAGCCUGGAUCUCACUCCUCCCUCCCUCUGUGGCUGGUUGAGGUUUUCCCUUCAGCCAGAGCUGAGUUUCCUCUCCCAUCUCUGGGUUUGGCCCUCGGGCCUGAGUUAAUGAAGUGGCAGAUUACAGGUUCUUUAUGGAGGCAGUGGAACCAGGCGUAUUCUCAUGGAAAUCCCAGUUUCCUGGCCCAUAUUUUGUUCCUGGUACUUGUCAUGACCUUACUUGACCAAGUUAUCCCUGUGUUCUCGCCAUUUCUCAGUUGUCUCCAAAGGCGAGAUGUCCUCUGUGUCUGUCACCCAGGAAGGUCAUAUUUGCCAGGCCUUCAAGCAGGUAUCCUGUCUGCCCUGGUGCUGCUGACCUGGGUAUGGGCAGACCCAGAUCUGACAGAGGGCUCUGCCUGGCACACUCGCAAGGUUGUGUGAGCAGAUUCUUUCCUUUUUUUUUUUUGAGACGGAGUCUCGCUCUGUCACCCAGGCUGGAGUGCAGUGGCGCGAUCUCGGCUCACUGCAACCUCCGCCUCCCAGGUUCAAGCAAUUCUCCUGCCUCAGCCUCCUGAGUAUUGGAUUACAGGCGUGAGCCACCGAGCCCAGCCCCUUCCUCCAUUUCUUUACUCCUACCCUGCUCCUGGCUUCUAGGGAAGGGAAACCAGGAAGUUCACUUGGAAGACGUUUCCUAGGUUUUCUCAUCAGAUGAAGCCACGGGAACGCCCAGGAAGUCUAUACUCUCAAACCCCUUUCUGCCCACUCACCUUCAGGUCCACAGCACUUUCCAGCGUCAUCUGAAAUAGCAAAGGUGAUGUGCAGCGUCCCAGUGAUGUGUUCCUGUGUUAUGAGAAGGAGUCUAGGGUUCUGGAUGCCUCAGGAACAGAAUAUGGACCUUAAAGACCAGGCUGAGAGCCUGGCCUGGCACGCAGCCUGCCCGUCCCCCCACCCUUCCUGUCCACCACGGGCUCUCUGCAGCAGGGCUUGCCGAAGAGACUGCUCCCAGCCUCUCAUGUCAUCCUGCAUCCAGAGAACGGCAGCAUAUCAGGCCGUUACCCUGAUUCACUCGGUUCCCUUGAAACCAGGACAGCUACAGGCAAACCGCUGCUGUUGCUGCCUGCUUUUGCUGAAGAAUGAUAUCUUGCCAGGCACAGCGGCUCAUGCCUGUAGUCGCAACACUUUGGGAGACCAAGGCAGGAGGAUCACUCGACUCCAGGAGUUUGAGACCAGCCUGGGCAACAUACAGAUGUCUACAAAAAUAAAAAUUUGCAAGGUGUGGUGGCAUGCACCUGUAGUCCCAACUGCUAGGGAGGCUGAGGUGGGCAGAUUGCUUGAGCUCAGGAGUUUGAGACCAGUCUGGGCAACCUGGCGAAACCAAAAAUACAAAAAAUUGGCUGGGUGUGGUGGCUCAUGCCUGUAAUCACAGCACUUUGGGAGGCUGAGGCAGGUGGAUCACCUGAGGUCAGGAAUUCGAGACCAGCCUGGCCAACAUGGCGAAACCCUGUCUCAACUAAAAAUAAAAAAAUUAGCCGGGUGUCAUGGUGAGUGCCUGUAAUCCCAGCUACUGGGGAGGCUGAGACAGGAGAAUCACUUAAACCCGGGAGGUGGAGGCUGCAGUGAGCCAAGAUUUCACCACUGCACUCCAGCCUGGGUGACAGAGCAAGACCCUGUCUCAAAAAGUUUUCAGGACAGAGGAAAUUUCCUUAAAAUCCAUAAAACUUAUAACAGCUGUACAGUCGGAAUAAGGUUUGAAAAUCUGCCUGGAAACCUGAUUUCCUCAUCCCCACCUUGUUUCCCAACAUAACCACUGCUCUGUGCCCCUGCCCUCUCUGCCAGGCUUUCUCCCCGAUGCCGUCCAGCUCUGAUCCUGAGCGUCAUUUCUACAUCGGCUUCCAGGCUGUCCUUGCUAGCUGGUUUGACUCUCACGCAUCAAGCGUCUCAAAUUUGAGAAUGCGGAGGAGAAAAGAAGUGUUGCGAGAAGGAGGUGCGGCCUUUAGUUGAGGUCUAUUAGGAAAAGAUUCCAAAUAAGACAAGGGCGGGGGGUGGCAGUUGGGAGAGCCCCCAGGAAGCCCUGUAGAUGCCCCCAUCCCAGCCCAGGGGAUUGCUAUGGUUAAGCAGCCUGAGCCGUACAGUUGAAAAGGGGCGGUGGGGCCCAUCUCCAAAUAGCACAGCCAGUUCAGCCAUCUGUCCUCAACCCAGGAGAGCUGGGAAAGCCAGUGGACUCCUGCACCUGGUUCUUGUCACUCCUGGCGUUUGUGUACAGAUCACCACUUCUCUUUUUGGUUCGUUGUUGAGGAGUCGUUUUCCGGACGGCUCCAUCACAGCAUUGAGCUAUCAAGCUGCUGUUUUCCACAGUUGGUGGUCACAGCCAGGGAAGUUGCUGUCUUGAUUUGUUACAUUGUCAGUAAUCCCCAAGGAGCCAAUGGAUGUCAGUAGGAGUUUCUGUUAAAUGUCUCCUUGAUGGGGACUGAGUACUGUGUAAAGACGCUGUGUUUCUCUUCUGGGGGUGUGCAUCAGAACCACUGGGGCCUUUUAAAAAAUACAGAUGCCGGCCGGGCGCCGCGGCUCACGCCUGGAAUCCCAGCACUUGGGAGGCUGAGGCGGGCGGAUCACAAGCUCAGGAAAUUGAGACCAUCCUUGCCAAUAUGGUGAAACCCCAUCUCUACAAAAAAUACAAAAAUUACCAGGGUGUGUGGCGUGCACACCUCCCAGCUACUUGGGAGGCUGAGGCAGGAGAAUCGCUUGAACCUGGGAGGCAAAGAUUGCAGUGAGCCGGGAUCACGCCACUGCAGCCUGGCGACAGAGUGAGACUCUAUCUCAAAACAAACAAACAAACAAGAAAACAGAUGCCCGGAGAUUUUGAGUCAGUAAGUUUGGAUGGGGCCUGGCAUACAGGUUUAAAAGUUCCAUAGGUAGUUAUAACGUUUACACCUUGUUAAGAACCAUUGCAACAGAGAGAUUUGCUUUAUGGAAGGGCUCCUGCCACACAUUUUCAUACGUGUCUAUUUUUCUGACUCUAAGCUAAAAGUGCGCCGACACUACACUUGAGCUGGUGCCAACGUGGUGAAGAUUCUCCACUGAUAACAGCUUUCAUUUUAAACUUGUGUUGGGUCAGGCGCGGUGGCUCAUUCCUGUAAUCCCAGCACUUUGGGAGGCCGAGGUGGGCGGAUCACAUGAGGUCAGGAGUUUGAGACCAGCCUGGCCAACAUGGCAAAAUCCCAUCUCUACUAAACAUACAAAAAAAAAAGCAGGCAGGUGGCGGGUGCCUGUAAUCCCAGCUACUUGGGAGGCUGAGGCAGGGGAAUCAGUUGAAUCCGGGAGGCGGAGGUUGCAGUGAGCCGCGGUCCCGCCACUGCACUCCAGCCUGGGAGACAGAGUGAGACUCAGUAAAAAAAAAAAAAAACUUGUGGUGGUGGUGGGGACCAUGACCAGAAUUGGGCUCUCUCCAUGCUGAUAAGGACUAUUCCUGUUUUGAUGACCAACCCCCAAGCAGAAGCUUUAUUUAUUAACAUCACUUCAAAAAUAACGUAUCAAAGGGGCACCCUAGGCCGGGUACUGUGGCAUCACACCUGUAAUGCUAGUGCUUUGAGAGGCUGAGGUGGGAAGACUGCUUGAGCCCCGGACUUCAACACAAGCCUGGGCAACAGAGUGAGACCCCAUCUCUAUUAAAAAAUAGGCCGGGCAUGGUGGCUCACACCUGUAAUCCCAGCACUUUGGGAGGCCAAGGCAGGUGGAUCAUGUGAGGUCAGGAGUUCGAAACCAGCCUGGCCGACAUGGCGAAACCCUGUCUUUACUAAAAAUACAAAAUUAGCCAGGCGUGGUGGUGGGCGCCUGUAAUCCCAGCUACUCAGGAGGCUGAGGCAGGAGGAUCGCUUGAACCCAGGAGGCAGAGGCUGCAGUGGGCCGAGAUCAUGCCAUUGCACUCCUGCCUGGGUGACGGAGCAAGACUCUCUAAAAAAUAAUAAUGUAAAAGGAGUACCUGUGGAUGAAAGCAGCAGCUAAGAGCUCUGUGAUUCAGCUAAACCUAGAUACUGUGCCCAUUCCUUCCCCUCAGUCCAUUUUCUCUAGCCCCUUUAAAAAACAAAAAACAACUUUGAAGUCACUUUGGGUUUAAAAUAAAUAGUGGUAAUUUGUAUAACCAAUAAAGAGUUCACUCUGCUCUUACUGAGGGGACUUGUCUGAAAGCUGGCUUAGCGGUGUCCAGGCCAGAGAACAUCGUGUGUGGACUCUUAACAAUGAAACAGGAGCCGCAGUGGACAAGGUGUUCUGAUCUCCAAACCCAGCUCAGGGAUUGAAGCUGACUACCGCCACUCCUUCCUCUCUCAAAGAACAAAGAGCCAGUACCCAGGGCUCUGCCCACCCCCAAGAAGGGGUGCCUGAUUUCAUAUGUCUAGGGUGGCUCCUCUGUGCAGAUCAGACAGGACUGAGAGCAGACAAGCUGAGACCAGCAUGACCAGUACAGGGCACGCAGAGCGUGGGGGCAGGUCGGAGGCUGCUGCUCGAUGCAGGGUAUGACACCAACCCUUCCUGAAUUGCCAUCGGAUGAGGAGACCUGGUUCCCUGUUGAAAGAAUGCGAGGGGAAAUGCUGCAUAUGCACAGCUGGAAAUGGGGUUCCUUCCCUAGGAAGAGCACUCAGAAUAACCUGCUGGAAAUGGGAUUCCUUCGCUAGGAAGAGCACUCAGAAUAACCUGCUUGAAAUGGGAUUCCUUCCCUAGGAAGAGCACUCGGAAUAACCUGCCGGAAAUGGGAUUCCUUUGCUAGGAAGAGCACUCAGAAUAACCUGCUGGAAAUGGGAUUCCUUCACUAGGAAGAGCACUCAGAAUAACCUGCUGGAAAUGGGAUUCCUUCGCUAGGAAGAGCACUCGGAAUAACCUGCUGGAAAUGGGAUUCCUUCGCUAGGAAGAGCACUCGGAAUAACCUGCUGGAAAUGGGGUUCCUUCCCUAGGAAGAGCACUCGGAAUAACCUGCUGGAAAUGGGAUUCCUUCUCUAGGAAGAGCACUCGGAAUAACCUGCUGGAAAUGGGAUUCCUUCACUAGGAAGAGCACUCGGAAUAACCUGCUGGAAAUGGGAUUCCUUCGCUAGGAAGAGCACUCGGAAUAACCUGCUGGAAAUGGGAUUCCUUCCCUAGGAAGAGCACUCGGAAUAACCUGCUGGAAAUGGGGUUCCUUCCCUAGGAAGAGCACUCGGAAUAACCUGCUGGAAAUGGGAUUCCUUCCCUAGGAAGAGCACUCGGAAUAACCUGCUGGAAAUGGGAUUCCUUCUCUAGGAAGAGCACUCGGAAUAACCUGCUGGAAAUGGGAUUCCUUCACUAGGAAGAGCACUCGGAAUAACCUGCUGGAAAUGGGAUUCCUUCGCUAGGAAGAGCACUCGGAAUAACCUGCUGGAAAUGGGAUUCCUUCCCUAGGAAGAGCACUCGGAAUAACCUGCUGGAAAUGGGGUUCCUUCCCUAGGAAGAGCACUCGGAAUAACCUGCUGGAAAUGGGAUUCCUUCCCUAGGAAGAGCACUCGGAAUAACCUGCUGGAAAUGGGGUUCCUUCCCUAGGAAGAGCACUCGGAAUAACCUGCUGGAAAUGGGAUUCCUUCCCUAGGAAGAGCACUCGGAAUAACCUGCUGGAAAUGGUAUUCCUUCGCUAGGAAGAGCACUCGGAAUAACCUGCUGGAAAUGGGGUUCCUUCCCUAGGAAGAGCACUCGGAAUAACCUGCUGGAAAUGGGAUUCGUUCUCUAGGAAGAGCACUCGGAAUAACCUGCUGGAAAUGGGGUUCCUUCCCUAGGAAGAGCACUCGGAAUAACCUGCUGGAAAUGGGGUUCCUUCCCUAGAAAGAGCACUCGGAAUAACCUGCUGGAAAUGGGAUUCCUUCCCUAGGAAGAGCACUCCGAAUAACCUGCUGGAAAUGGGAUUCCUUCCCUAGGAAGAGCACUCAGAAUAACCUGCUGGAAAUGGGGUUCCUUCCCUAGGAAGAGCACUCGGAAUAACCUGCUGGAAAUGGGGUUCCUUCCCUAGGAAGAGCACUUGGAAUAACCUGCUGGAAAUGGGAUUCCUUCGCUAGGAAGAGCACUCGGAAUAACCUGCUGGAAAUGGGAUUCCUUCUCUAGGAAGAGCACUCGGAAUAACCUGCUGGAAAUGGGAUUCCUUCGCUAGGAAGAGCACUCGGAAUAACCUGCUGGAAAUGGGAUUCCUUCGCUAGGAAGAGCACUCGGAAUAACCUGCUGGAAAUGGGAUUCCUUCGCUAGGAAGAGCACUCGGAAUAACCUGCUGGAAAUGGGAUUCCUUCCCUAGGAAGAGCACUCAGAAUAACCUGCUGGAAAUGGGAUUCCUUCCCUAGAAAGAGCACUCGGAAUAACCUGCUACAACCUGCCUGCUUGAGGGUGACUGGGAUUCCUCCCGUAGGAAGAGCACUCGGAAUAACCUGCUGGAAACGGGAUUCCUUCCCUAGGAAGAGCACUCAGAAUAACCUGCCACAACCUGCCUGCUUGAGGGUGACUGGGAUUCCUUCCCUAGGAAGAGCACUCGGAAUAACCUGCUGGAAACGGGAUUCCUUCCCUAGGAAGAGCACUCAGAACAACCUGCCUGCUUGAGGGUGACAGCAAGUGUCUCACACUUCUCGUCUACUCCAAGUCAGAUUCCUAAAAAUAAAAUAGAGCUGCAAUGGGCAAUUUAAGCAAAAGCCUUAGAAACAUGGACACCUGAAAUGCUGGCCUACAUGAAGGGUACGAUGACAUUUUAUAUGUUAAGUAAAAAUUCCCAGUCCUGUUUUAGUAUUCAUCAGAAUAGCCUCUUGGACCCUCGAAGUUCUACACCUUUGGGAGAUAUAAAUUUCCUUAAAAUAAAGGGAUUGCUUCUUUGUGUAAAUAGCUUUCAUUUUCUCCAUCUGGAAGUGAUUUCUGCCUGCAUGUUGGAGCACAAAAUACUGCAUUUAAUUAAAGCAUUACUGGAUGUCA